UGCCCCACCCGCGUCCGCUUCCAGUCGCUAAGGGAGGCGGUGGAGGGCGUGUUUGUGUCUGGCUGGGCUGACCGUUGGCCCCCUCUCCUCGCCUCCCCUCCUCCCCGGCUCGGUCCCGGCUCGGGUCCCAACACCCCAGCACCGAGCCGGGGAGCGGGGGAGGAACCUGCCAGCGUGACGCCCCGCCGCCAAUCGACCCGCCCCGAGGGGCGUGAGGAGGGGGCGGGGCUGCGGACUUUGGAUUCCGGCGCCUGGACCGCCUCCCUGCCAGCCGCAGCAGGCAACCUGGCCAGGCAAACGGAGAAGCCAUGUCGGCGCUGCUGGGUCUCUGGCCCGAGGUGCGGGACACUUGCACCUCGCUGGGCCUUAUGCUGUCGACCGUGCUAUUCGUGGGGUUGGCCCGCGUGGUCGCCCGGCAGCAGCUGCACAAACCCACGGCCCACGGCUUCGUGCUGGAGUUUAUAGCCACCUUCCAGCUUUGCUGCUGCACACACGAGCUGCAACUGCUGAGCGAGCACGACCCCGCACACCCAACCUGGACGCUAACGCUAAUCUACUUCUUCUCGCUGGUGCACGGCCUGACUCUGGUGGGCACCUCCUGCAACCCGUGCGGCGUUUUGAUGCAGAUGCUGCUGGGGGAAAUGUCCCCAGAGAUGGGUGCGGUGAGGCUGUUGGCUCAACUGCUUGGCGCUCUAGCCAGCAGGUACUGCAUAGGCGCCCUGUGGAGCCUGGGGCUGGCCAAGUAUCACUUCAGCGAGAGGAGCCUGGCUUGCAAGCAUCCCAUCCACGUCGACUUGCCUAAAGCUGUCACCUCAGAGGCCAUCUGCUCCUUUAUCUUCCACAGCGCUCUGCUGCACUCGCAGGAAGUCCGGUCCAAACUCCGUAUCCACCUGCUGGCUGCGCUCAUCACUUUUCUGGUCUAUGCAGGAGGAAGUCUAACGGGAGCUGUAUUUAAUCCAGCUUUGGCACUUUCACUACAUUUUUCAUGUUUUGAUGAAGCAUUCCCUCAAUUUUUUAUAGUAUAUUGGCUGGCUCCUUCUUUAGGAAUAUUGCUGAUGAUCUUGAUGUUCAGCUUUUUCCUUCCAUGGCUGCAUAACAACCAUACAACUAAUAAAAAGGAGUAACUCUUUCCAAAGACACAGACUAAGACGAGACAGUCCAGUUGGAUGUGACAAGAUUUUUUUUUCAUCUCAAAUUCAAAACUGCACUGGAUUCAUCAAUGUUAACUUCCUUUGAGAAAGCUGUCUUAUUAUAGUUUUCAUUACUGGGACUUAAAAUUACUGUGAAAAUGAAGUAUCCUGUAUUUCUCAGUUAAGACUUGUUCUUUUGAGUGAUGUAUUAAAUGCUGCUAGAUGGCCGGCACCGCAGCUCACUAGGCUAAUCCUCCACCUGUGGCGCCGGCACACCGGGUUCUAGUCCCGGUCGGGGCGCCAGAUUCUGUCCCGGUUGCCCCUCUUCCAGGCCAGCCCUCUGCUGUGGCCCGGGAGGGCAGUGGAGGAUGGCCCAAGUGCUUGGGCCCUGCACCCACAUGGGAAGCAUCUGGCUCCUGGCUUCGGACCAGCGCAGCGCACCGGCCGUGGAGGCCAUUUGCGGGGUGAACCAACAGAAGGAAGACCUUUCUCUCUGUCUCUUUCUCUCUCACUAACUCUGCCUGUCAAAAUAAAUAAAUGCUGCUAGAAAAGACUCAUAAUAUAAAACUCAGGUGUUGAUUGUUAACUCUCAGAAAACAAGAUGAGACAGGGAGGGAAGGUGAUGGAUGAUCCUAAAGAAACUAUGUAUUGGGGCUGGCACUGUGGAGUAGCAGAUAAAGCCGCCACCUGCAUUACCAGCAUCCCAUAUGGGCACUGGUUCAAGACCCAGCUGCUCCACUUCCAAUCCAGAUCUCUGCUAUGGCCUGGGAAAGCAGUGGAAGAUGACCCAAGUCCCUGGGCCCCUGCACCCACGUGGGAGACCCAGAAGAAGCUCCUGGCUCCCAGCUUUGGAUUGGCACAGCUCAGGCCAUUGUGGCCUUCUGGCGAGUGAACCAGUGGAUAGAAGACCUCUCUCUCUCUCUCUGCCUCUCUAACUCUUCUUUUAAAAUAAAAUUUAAAAAAAGUGUCAAAUGGCCGGUGCCGCGGCUCAGUAGGCUAAUCCUCCGCCUCGCGGCACCGGCACACCAGGUUCUAGUCCUGGUCAGGGCGCUGGAUUCUGUCCCGGUUGCCCCUCUUCCAGGCCAGCUCUCUGCUGUGGCCAGGGAGUGCAGUGGAGGAUGGCCCAAGUCCUUGGGCCCUGCACCCCAUGGGAGACCAGGAGAAGCACCUGGCUCCUGCCUUCGGACAGGCGCGGUGCGCCGGCCGUGCCGGCCAUUGGAGGGUGAACCAACAGAAAAGGAAGACCUUUCUCUCUGUUUCUCUCUCACUGUCCACUCUGCCUGUCAAAAAAAAAAAAAAAAGUGUCAAAUGUCACCAAAAUAACAAGAUUUUUGACCACAGUAUAACCAAAGCUUAUAAAACUAAGAGAAUAUUUUAGCCAUUAUCUCCCGCAAAUACUAUCCACAGUGUUAUCUUUCAAUAGGAAAGCUGCUUUUAGAGGUGGAUUAUAUAUCCACGUAAACUCAAGAUGUUUCUGAAAUUUUACAUAAAUUAACGUACUAUCUAAAAAGUUUUCUGAGACAAGCUAAUGACUUUCAGGAAAGUUCUUAUUAUUUGAGUAACUUACUAAGACAAAGCACUCAUACAAAAUGAGGAUUUCAGCUUUUCACAAUCUCCAUUUGAUCUCAACAGCUACCUUGUGAAGUAGGCAGGGUGUGUAUUUUAAUCUCAGCUAUACAGAUAAGGAAAUUAAGCCUAGUGGGGGUUGCUGCUCUGCGCAAGAUGAUACGGAGCCAAGCAUCAUCUUUAGAUUUCUACUUCAGUCCAUAAAUUCUCGGUCAUAAUUAGGACCAAAGGAAAACUAAAGGUUCUGAAGAAACACAGAAUAUGUUGUAAUAGUAACAUUUAUUUAAGAAUUAACUACUAGUUUUUGAAAUUUGAAGAACCUUCCGGCUUCCCUCUAUAUGAAAGGAAGCAUUAUUUUAUUAUUUGAAGUUUAAAGUUCAGUGUGUUUCUCCUUAAGGAAAACUCCUCAUCAGAAUUCAAAGUUUAAAAAAAGGAAAGAUAUAAUGUAGUAGUCAAUUAACAAGCGGUGAUGAGGAUCCAGGAGCUUACAUGCUGCUGUGAUCAGCUUACAGUCAUUCUGGUUACACCUGCGGUCUCGACAGGCGCAGCCUGUUCCCAAACCUGCCCAACAAGGCAGCCGGCUCGGUGAUCACAGGUUUUUUUUAACUUUCAAUUACAUACCAUAGUAGUUUGUAUGUUUAAAGAGCAGAGUUCACGAAAUUAUGACUGGAAUGGCUAAAGCAUACAUGUUUUAUUGGGCCUAUGAAGUAUUUAAAAAGCCAAUACUUUAAGCUUUUUCACACAAGAAUCCCAAUUCCAUCUUGUCUUAAAUCAAAAAAUCUUGCAAUACUUGGCCAGAAUCUGCAAAGGCAAUACAAAAUAAUGGCUGUUCUCUUUAAAAUGACCCAUGCUCUUCCAAACUGUUUCAUGGCCUUUUUUUUAGAGAUCUACUUUAUGUGAAAGGCAGAGUUACACAGAGGAAGAGACAGAGUGUGGCCUAUCAGCCAGAGCUGGGCCAGGUUGAAACUAGGAGCCUGGAGCCUAGAACUCCAUCUAAGUCUCCCACCUGCAUGGCAGGGCCCAAGGCCUCUGGCCAUCUUCCGCUGCUUUCUCAGCAGGAGCUGGACUGGAAGUCGAGCAGCCAGGACUUCAACCUGUGUUCAUAUGCUGGCACUGCAGGCAGGGGGCAUCGACCCAUUG